GAUCUCAGCGAUGGUCCCUUAGCCGUGUGGCCUUUGCCGUGGCAAGGAGGCCAUGAGAUGGAUCCUGUGCCCAUUGGUGGCCUCGAUGCUUGAGCUGUCGCAAGCAGCUGGGGGUAUCACGGACGAUGAACAGCUCCUGGUCUCAGACGGCUCGUGGCACAGAAACCAACGCAAGUCCAUUUCCAUCGAAACCUCAUGCUACUACACCACGAUGCAGGACAUGCCCUACGGGUGCCAAUAUGCUCGGGCAUACGACCAGUCCUAUCAGAACGAGUUCCAGCGGAAAGCAGAGAAAGCUGCGCUUCUGGAGUUCUACAACUUGUGCGGAGGCGACUUUUGGCGCAACAACGACAAUUGGAUGCCGGAAACGGACCCUUGUUGGGACUAUUGGUAUGGCGUAACAUGCAAUGAGCAUGGAUACGUGAUCAAAUUAGAGCUUCCCGACAACAGGGUGCGCGGUAUCCUUCCAUCAACACUAGGUUCAUUGACUUCAUUGAUCAAGCUUGACCUUGCGUCGACGGAACCUGACUAUCAUUUGCACCCAAACGACGAGAUGAAUCGAGUGGAAGGGGUGAUGCCGUCCAUGGCAUUAUGCUUCCAGCUCGAAGAGAUAGAGGUUUCUGGGAACAUCAUUCUCCGUUUGCCAGAUGAUUUGUACCUGAACGCCGACACGCUCAGAUCUCUGAGUGCCAGCCGAAACUUGUUGAGGAAUCUACCGAUCUACCUGAGCCGAUUUCAGAAGCUUCACACCUUGGAGCUCGAUAACAACAGGAUAGAGGAUGAGUUUCCUACUGACAUGGGACAGCUUCGAAAUAUUCGGAUUAUUCACUUGCAGUACAACCGUUUGAAGGGUAGCAUCACUCAGGACAUUGUGCCAAUGAAUAAAAUCCGAGUCUUUGACGUGUCUCACAACCCAGAGCUGGGUGGUAUUAUCCCGGAGCAGAUUAUCGUCGACUGGGCAGAAGUGGACUAUUUGGCCAUUCUAAAUACCACCAUUGCAGGCUACAUUUCGAGCCUGUGUUUGGAUGUUCCUUUUUGCUGGAAGUUCAUGUACGAUACUCACAAGGAUCUUACUUGGGCAACGGUGUCAGACGUUCCAGAUAUUGUGGGAAUGACUGUGGACCUUGCGCAGACAAACUUCUACGCUGAUACCUAUGGUGGUAGAUGAGAGCUGAUGUGGCAGUGGCAGUUCCUGCUGAGCUCGUAUGCUGUAAGCAUCACUUGCAGCUCCCAUGUACAUAAUUUCGGGACUGCCGACUGCCCCAGCAACUUUGGUUCAUCGAUCCAAGGAGAUCUUGUGGGUUUCCCUAGUUUGGCCUUGAAAGCCUACGGCCUGCAGGCCUUGAGAGCAGAGAAGGAAAACG